AUGUCAGACGAGUGCAGCGUCAGCGUCAGCGUCAAGGGCAUCCUUCGCAAACCCACCGAAAAGUUCCCUGAAGAACCCGGGCCUGUUCGUGAGGGCAUAGCACGACGUGAAAGUCAGCCGGAGGGGAAAGAAAUCCCCACAGGUGCUCGCUGGACGAAAAUCGACCGCCGGCUUGUUAACCCUGAGGCGUUGGAAGAGGCUGAAGAGCGAUUUGAGGAGUGCCAAGACUACAAUAUUGUGCUACGCAUCUUGACGAAGCAAGAGAUCCAGAAGCUGGCUGACCGCACUCAUACCAUCCGCGAACAAAGAGAAGAAGCGAGGUUGAAAGCACGCGAUGCUCGAGAGCAAGCAGACGACGCUGCCCUUGACUCCCCAGACCAAAGCAAGACUGAUUCGGCGAGAAGCAAGAGCACGUAG